AUCAAAUUAUCUCAAUGAUUUUCUUCCGAAGUUAGCGGAUCAAUCGGGCGUACGUACGCAGCCUAUGAAUGUAGAAAGAAUACACGUAAGACACACGGAGACACGCCGGCUAAGAAGUAAGAACCCAUAAGUGGGCCAGAGCCAGUGGGGACGAUCUGACUAGACCAAACCCACCUACAUCCCAGUUUCUCCUAUAACAAUCUCUCUCUCUCUGUCUCUCUCUCUCUUUCUCUCUCUGCAUCCUUCCAUGGGUUGGAUCUGAUCUGGUUCCCAAAUUUCUGAUUCUACUUUGUGCUCUUCUCUUCCAAGCCCUAGCUUUUGCUCCCUGAGACCGGAGCUUUUGAAGAAUCAAGGCUUCUCUUCGCAUCGGCUUCCAGAAUAAUAGUUGGUGACAAUGUCGACUCCAGCAAGGAAAAGGCUGAUGAGAGAUUUUAAGAGGUUGCAACAAGAUCCACCUGCAGGCAUCAGUGGGGCACCCCAAGACAACAAUAUAAUGCUUUGGAAUGCUGUUAUUUUCGGUCCUGAUGAUACUCCUUGGGAUGGAGGCACGUUCAAGUUGACUUUGCAGUUCACAGAGGAUUACCCAAACAAACCACCAACAGUACGAUUUGUUUCUCGGAUGUUUCAUCCAAAUAUUUAUGCUGAUGGAAGUAUUUGUCUGGAUAUUUUACAAAAUCAGUGGAGUCCUAUAUAUGAUGUGGCUGCUAUACUCACGUCUAUCCAGUCACUGCUGUGUGACCCCAACCCCAACUCUCCUGCAAAUUCAGAAGCUGCUCGGAUGUUUAGCGAGAACAAGCGCGAGUACAAUCGUAGAGUGAGGGAAAUUGUGGAGCAGAGCUGGACAGCAGACUAAACUCGAAGGGGCAAUGGUGGUAGGGCAGUCGUGAGGCUGUUUGAUGGAAAACGACAUUGCCACCCAAGAAACAUUUGUGCAAACCUAUCAACUUCUAUCUUGUAUUUCAUGUCUUCCAAUCGUAAUUGUUUGGGAAGUUUUAUUUGUAUUUGAAUAUGAAUUGCUGUGUCACGUGUUGUUAUGCUAAUAUGAAAUAGAAUUUAUGGAUCACUUUUACAUUGAA